GACGGAGUCGACUGACGUCAAAAAUUGCAGCAUGGCAGAAGUGCGUGGUGAUGAAAGAAAUGGGGCAGUUGAAAAUAAAUAUUCAAUUCUCUUGCCUACAUAUAACGAACAUGACAAUCUGGCAAUUAUUGUCUGGUUGAUAGUGAAUUAUAUGGAUAAAAGUGAUUAUGAGUAUGAAAUAAUCAUUAUUGAUGAUGGAAGUCCAGACGGAACGCUGGAAGUUGGAAAACAACUUGAGAAAAUCUAUGGCAGUGAAAAAAUUGUGCUUCGUCCUAGAGAAAAGAAACUUGGUCUUGGAACAGCUUAUAUUCACGGUAUCAAACAUGCAACUGGAAAUUCUAUUUUGAUCAUGGAUGCAGAUUUAUCACAUCAUCCAAAAUUUAUCCCAGAAUUUAUAAAAAAGCAGAAGUCUGGAAACUUUGAUGUUGUUUCUGGAACUCGGUACAUUGGUUCGGGUGGAGUAUUUGGUUGGGAUUUCAAACGAAAAUUAAUCAGCCGUGGAGCAAACUUCUUGACGCAGCUGCUACUACGACCUGGAGCUUCAGAUUUGACAGGCAGUUUUAGGCUGUACAAGAAGGAUGUGUUGCAGAAGUUGAUUGAAACCUGCGUUUCUAAAGGCUAUGUUUUCCAGAUGGAAAUGAUAGUCCGAGCACGACAACAGGGCUACACCAUUGGCGAGGUACCAAUAACCUUUGUUGACAGGGUUUAUGGAGAGUCAAAAUUGGGAGGUUCAGAGAUACUACAGUUUGCAAGAGGUCUUCUCUAUCUGUUCGCAACAACGUGAUUGCAAAAGUACUUGCAAAAUAUUGUAUUUUAAUUAAGUAAAAGAAAUUUAUUUUUACCUAGA